AUGCGUGCUGGCUGUGUGGAGAUUGCCCCCGGGGGCUCUGGCCCGCUAGAGUCACGGUCAGAUCCUCCGCUGCCAGCCUGGAACGGUGCACUCCCGACUGCAAAAUCAGUCACUGCCUCCCGGGAACUCCCCGUCCCGCCUGCCGUGUCGCCCAACCGCCCCCACGAACUGGCUGUGCUCCCCCCUGGGGUCAGCUCAGGCGAGCAGAGCUGCUCCCCGCGCCUGCGCCGCGACCGCACGUCCCGGCUGGGAUGCCACUCUCUUCGCUCCAAGACCCGUCACUGUCUCCUGGGGACUUCUCCCACCGGCUGCGUCGCCACGCCACCCGCGCGAACAGGCCCAGAUUAUAUAAAGGAUCACCUACCUAAAAUUCAUCAGCACUCUUCUUACAUAGGAGAAAAGCGUCCGGUAUCAGAAAAAACUGGAGAUCUCAGAUAUUUAUGGAGGCCCGACCCAAACAGAGGCUUAGCAGCAAAAUAUAAACACAACUAUGUUGGUGAAAUUGGUUGGGGAAUACCUGAGUAUGAUUUUAUCAACAAAUCAAAUAUCGAGUCUGGCUUUCACAUCAAGUACGGAGAACUAAGUCAUGCUGCUAUUGAUCAAUUAACACACAGAUACCAGAAUCCAUGGCAACCCAAACCUUAUAUUCUGGAUAUGCAAGGAAAAUUUAGCCGUGGAUUUAUUGCCUGGCAUCUCAGUGAUUAUGAGCAGACCGAUAAAAGAAAUUCUAAGCAGGCUGUCCUGGUGAAGAAGAGUAAGGCAUCAGCACCAAGAGCUUCCAGGCCAUCUCACCUGCCAAAGCUACCUCAAAAGGAACAGGUAUGA